AUGGCGAAUAAUCAUCAUCCCAAGGACGAGGCUUAUCUCUCUGCCGUAAUCCCAAAACGUAUCAUGCUCUUCGAGGAUCUCCAAGCUAAUCAGCUCGAGUAUCUUCAGUCUCUACCACACGAUCCCAUCAAGGUUACAUAUCGAGAUGGUAACAACGUGGAAGUAGUGAUAGAAGGGACGAGAUGGGAGACAACUCCAAUGGAAAUCGCAAUGCAGAUUUCUAAGGGUUUAGCAAAAUCUGCGUUGGUUUCUUCGGUUAACGAUGAACUCUGGGACAUGCGUGAUGCUUUCUGGCAUUCUAGUGCUUUUAUCCUCGGACAGGUUCUUGAGCAGGAGUAUGGGUGUAAACUAUGCAUUGAACCUUGCAAAGCUAGAGAAGAGGAUUUCUACUACGAUGCAUUUUAUGGCGGUUUGAGUUUAAACGAGCUACACUUUCCCAACAUUGAAGCAGGUGUUGCAAAAGCUGCUCGGGAAAAACUACGAUUUGAAAGGAUUGAAGUGACCAAGGAUCAAGCACUUGAGAUGUUUUCUGAUAAUGAGUUUAAGGUUGAAACCAUCAAUGACUUGCUUGAAGAUGAGACAAUUACAGUCUACAGAUGUGGUCCCUUGGUUGAUUUGUGUAGUGGACCACAUAUACCAAAUAUUUCCUUUGUCAAAGCUUUUAAGUGUUUGAAGGCGUCAUCAGCUUACUGGAGAGGUGACAGAAACCGCGAGAGCCUGCAGAGAGUUAACGGGAUAUCUUUUCCGGAUGAUAAGCAACUUAAGGCUUAUCUUAUGUCUAUAGAAGAAGCGAAGAAAUAUGACCAUAGACUAUUGGGGCAACAACAGAAACUUUUCUUUUGUCAUGAACGCAGCCCCGGAAGUUGGUUCUUCCUUCCACAUGGCACUCGCGUAUAUAAGAAGUUGAUGGAAUUCAUUGAGAAUGAAUAUUGGAAAAGGGGUUACGCAGAGGUCAUUACACCAAAUAUGUACAACAUGAAACUUUGGGAAACAUCCGGACAUGCUGCUAACUACAAGGAAAAUAUGUUUACGUUCGAUAUUGAUAAACAAGAAUUCGGGCUGAAACCUAUGAAUUGCCCUGGUCACUGCUUGAUGUUCCAACACAGUGUUCCCUCUUAUACUGAAUUACCCAUGAGACUGGCUGACUUUGGAGUGCUACACCGAAAUGAAGCAAGUGGAGCUCUUAGUGGAUUGACCCGUGUUCGACGUUUCCAACAGGAUGAUGCACAUAUAUUCUGUACAAAGGAUCAGGUUAGAGAAGAAGUGAAAGGUGUAUUGGAAUUUUUUGACUAUGUUUACACAAGAUUUGGGUUUACCUAUGAGCUAAAGCUUUCAACGAGGCCAGAGAAGUACCUUGGAGAUUUGGAAACAUGGAAUAGAGCUGAAAAUGACCUUGAACAAGCACUAGAAGAUUUUGGGAAGCCAUUUCUUUUGAACGAAGGAGACGGUGCAUUUUAUGGCCCGAAGAUAGACAUAACAGUGUCUGAUGCAAUGAAAAGGAAAUUCCAGUGUGCUACUUUACAGCUUGAUUUUCAACUUCCGAAUCGCUUCGAACUGGAAUACGCAUUGCCGGCUAAGAAUGAGGAUAAAGUGAAGAGAGAGAGACCUGUGAUGAUACAUAGAGCGGUGUUGGGAUCUGUUGAGCGUAUGUUUGCCAUAUUGUUGGAGCAUUACAAAGGAAAAUGGCCCUUCUGGCUUAGUCCGCGCCAGGCGAUAGUUUGCUCUGUGUCAAACAAUCAAAAUGACUACGCAAAAAAGGUGAGAGAUCAAAUUCAUGAAGCAAGGUAUUAUGUUGAUGUUGACAUAAUAAUGAAUAGACAUAUCAAAACGAAGGUGAAAGAAGCUCAGCGUGCACAGUACAACUACAUACUGGUAGUGGGUGAUGAAGAAGCUAAAACGGGACAAGUCACGGUUCGGCCAAGAGACGAAGGCCCUUUAUCAAGCCGUUCAAAAUUCCCAGUGAUGAGCGUGGAGGCUCUGCUGGAUGAGUUCAAGCACAAGACUGCCAACUUCCUCUGA